UUUCAUUUUCCCCAUCUCUCCAUUCUUCUUCCAAUGAGAGUUUCUUUCUUUCUCUCCAUGUAGCAUUUGCAGAUUCCCUAGAAUCCCCACAUCCCAAAAAAUAGCAUUCCUCUCAUUUCGGGAAAAUGGGAAAUAAUCAUAAAUAAGCAAUAAAUAUUCACAAUAAUUAUCAUAUAUAUAUAUAUAUUUAUUAUUAUUAUUUUGUGUAUAUAUUGCCAAACCGACCUGAAAAUCAUGGCUUCUCUUCUUCUUCUUCUCUCUGGGGUUGUUGUUGUUGUUGUUGCUUUCUGCUGCUGAACUCACUCUAACUCUUCGUUGAGGGAGCGUCGCCGAGUGCUCUGAUCAUCACAUUGGAUCAAUUUUGAUUCUGGGAAAUCAGGAGUUCUUCAAUGGCUAAAGAUGCUUCUGGUUCUGAUUCCCAUCACACGCGUUUAGGUCUUUUGAAAGAUCAAGUUCAUUUGGUUAAAAGGAAAGACUCUGAUCGCUAUGAGAUUGCUCCAAUCCAGGAUCAACUUUCAUUUGAGAAGGGAUUUUUUAUAGUAAUUCGUGCAUGCCAAUUGUUAUCCCAAAAGAAUGAUGGAAUAAUAUUGGUAGGGGUGGCUGGUCCUUCAGGAGCGGGGAAGACUAUUUUUACUGAAAAGAUACUCAACUUCAUGCCCAGCAUCGCUGUCAUUUCAAUGGACAAUUACAAUGAUGCUAGUCGAAUUAUUGAUGGAAACUUCGAUGAUCCACGCUUAACAGACUAUGACACAUUGCUCCAGAAUUUACAUGAUAUAAAGGAAGGAAAGCCAACGCAGGUCCCGAUAUAUGAUUUCAAGUCCAGUUCACGUAUAGGAUACAGGACAGUAGAAGCCCCAAGUUCCCGUAUUGUAAUUAUAGAGGGGAUCUACGCUUUGAGUGAGAAGUUGCGAACUCUACUGGACCUUCGAGUUUCUGUUACAGGUGGAGUUCACCUUGACCUUGUAAAACGAGUUAUACGUGACAUACAACGUGCUAGCCAAGAACCUCAAGAAAUUAUUCAUCAAAUAUCAGAAACGGUUUAUCCAAUGUACAAGGCUUUUAUUGAGCCAGAUCUCCAGACAGCACACAUAAAAAUCAUAAACAAAUUCAAUCCGUUUACUGGAUUCCAAAGCCCUACUUACAUAUUAAAGUCAGGAAGGAAUGUAACAGCGGAUCAAGUAAAAGAAGCUCUCACUGAAGAUUUUAAGGAAACAACGGAGCAAACUUAUGACAUAUAUCUUCUUCCGCCUGGUGAAGAUCCAGAAGCUUGUCAAUCAUAUUUACGGAUGCGAAAUAAAGAUGGAAAAUACAGUCUCAUGUUUGAGGAAUGGGUGACAGAUAGUCCAUUUGUCAUAUCACCAAGAAUUACUUUUGAGGUCAGUGUGCGCCUUCUUGGUGGUCUAAUGGCCUUGGGAUACACGAUAGCAACAAUCCUCAAGCGAAACAGUCAUGUCUUUUCUGAUGAUAAGGUUUGUGUGAAGCUAGAUUGGCUUGAGCAACUUAAUCGGCAUUAUGUUCAGGUACAGGGAAGAGAUCGCUUAUCUGUACAAAACGUAGGACAGCUGCUAGGUCUUGAAGGUUCCUACAUUCCUCGGACCUACAUUGAGCAAAUUCAACUUGAAAAGCUUGUGAAUGAGGUUAUGGCCCUACCAGAUGAUUUGAAAACAAAACUCAGCCUAGAUGAGGAGUUGGUGUCAAGCCCCAAAGAAGCACUUUCUAGAGCCUCUGCUGAUAGGGUUGCCAUGAGGAACAAAAAUCUGAGGAGUGGAAUGUCACAGUCAUAUACGAAUCAAAGGGACAGAAAUUUAGCCAAAGUUACUGGAUAUGGUACCAACAAUCGAGGGUUUGGUGAAAGAAAUUCAGAUUCCUCCACAGCACAGGUAAAUCAGGGAGCCAUUAGUCAGCUUUCGGAUCAGAUUUCUGCCCUCAAUGAUAGAAUGGAUGAAUUUACAAGUCGUGUUGAAGAGCUGAACUCCAAGUUAACAAUCAAAAGUUCUCCGAGCCAACAAAAUUUGUCCGUUCAAGCUGAGACAUGCAAUGGUUCAGCUCCCACAUCUUACUUCAUCACUAGUUUAGGCAACGGUUCCCUAACAGGAUCGAAGAUACCAAAUUCUUCAUCUUCAUCACAAUUAGCUAAAGAAUCUCCGUUAAUGGAUGAGAUAUCAGGUAUUGCUCGUAGCCAGCGUCAGAUGAUGCACCAAAUGGACAAUCUCAAUAAUCUUCUGCGGGGGAACUUGGGGGAGACGUCACACCAAACAAGAACUAACCGGAAAAGCAAAGCUACAGAUUCAAAUUUCACCGGAACUCAUGUUACGGUGGUGGUGGCAGCGGUUGGUUGUUUGGGGAUCUUCUUGAUGAGAGGUUUGUUGACAAGAAAGUGAUUCAUCUACAUGCAAGUUAUUUUUCUGCACCGUGACACCCUUCCUAGCAAGAAAUGUGGUGAGGCAUUGACAGUUGAAGACAUUCUGGAGGCAGAGUUUUAGGAUCAUUUAAAGGUUAGUGAGACAGGGUGAUGAUGAUGGCCACUUGAAAUUUUGUAACUUGGUGGGUUUACUUUGUUAUCACAUUUUUAUGGCAUUUUCAACCUUCAAUCCACAGUCUUUCUUUUAGAAUCUUUAUCAGGUGGUAUACCAUUAGCCUUUCUCACCUCAGUUUAAGUCUUCACAUAAUUUGGUCACACUGAAUUGAGUUGAGUUUUGGGGCCAAUUUUGCAACAUAUAUGACAACUAAUGAGAGGAAGAAAAUGCGGCAAUUAUAGGACUAUGUAAGGGUUUACCUGCAACAUUUUACUAAUGAAACAAAUCAUUCUGCUA